CAAAAUAAUGAAAGAUAACAUGUGUUGUGGUUACCAGCGUGUUCUACAGAGUGAAUCAAUCCACUGAUCCUUUGGAAUUAUUGCUUUUUGUGAUUUUGUGCAUUGUCCUUCGAAACAAUGGAACCCCAAGAAAGUAAAACAAUAGACGCUGAGGAUACAAGAGGAGAAAAUAGUGAAACCGUAAAACUACCGGUAUCACUGACUGAAGUAUCAAUAGCCGAGAAAGUUGCAGAUGAUUCUACAUCCAAACAAAUGGAACAAGUUAACGCUGCACCUGUCGAAAUAAACGAUAAAGAAAUGAAAAUUCCCACACAGGAAGGAAGCUCGGAACAAUCUGCAACUUCGAAAGAAAAUAUGGAAUCGACCGAAAUCGAAAUGACGACAGAGAGUGCUGCCGCUGUCCAAUCUAUUGUGUUUAAAGAAGAGCCAACAGAUGCGGAAAUGGAAUCAGCAGAGGACUUCACCCGCAGAGCGUCGGAUUUUCCGACAGUACCCCGCAUAAGCGUAAAACAAGAGAUUCCAACAUCCUUCCAAGAACAAGUAGCUGCAGAGCAAGCGAUGGAAUCUAAGGCCGUGCUUCAGAUAAAUAACAGUGCCCUAGCAUUGCUAAGUCAAUACAUCAGUUCGGAAUCAGAAUCCAAUAUAACAGAUUCAGAUGAAGAACUGCCGAGAAAAAAUACACAAGCGGUGCGCUGUGUUUCGACAAGUUCGGAAAGCUCUGAUGAUGUUCAAGUUAUUCGAAACACCAGUAGCUAUCGUAUGCAAGAUGUCCCGGUGAUUGUGAGUGACACAGAAACAACAGCCACUGGAAUGGAUGAUUCUGAGAAUGAGAUUUCUGAAGAUGAGGAUGGUCCGCAAGUUAAUCCUCCUAUCAAAAGCAAAGGAGAAGUGCUUCUAAAUGAAUUACCACCGAUCGAGGAUCUUCAAAUUUCUGUAUCGGAGGCAGAAUGCAAACCAAUUGGACACGUCCAAUCCAUUGUUGCCCAGAUAGUCAUUGUUCAGUCAUAUGCUGGAGUCGAACUGCUGAAUUUGGAAACGGUUCUUUUCCUGGAGAAAGGCAAACGAGCAUUGGGGAAAAUCUUUGACGUAAUUGGACAAGUGGUCGCUCCUAUGUAUUGUGUUCUGUUUAACAAUCGGCAAGAUGUUGUCCGCAGAGGAAUAUCCGUUGGAAUGCCGGUGUAUUGCGCACCCCAGACAGAGCAUACAUCUUUUAUCAUUCUUUCGGAUUUGAUGAGACACAAAGGAUCAGAUGCCAGCUGGCUGGAUGAUAAUGAAGCUCCGGAUCAUGUACUGGAUUAUUCCGACGAUGAGCAGGAAAGAAGAGCACGAAGGCGACGCGGUAGUUGUUCGUCAAGUGGGCGGAAUUCACCCGACGGAGGACAUCCGUCUUAUCAGCCAUACCAGGUUCACCAGCCUCACCACCAGCGACGAGGACGGGGAGGUGGCUAUCGUGGUCGGCAAGGUCAUAGUUGGCAUGAUAAUUUUCCGGUGCAGCAUCAACCACAAAGGGUCAUUAAUCCAUUUGCUUUCGUUGCUGGAGUACCACCACCGCCACCGCCUCCGCCUCCGCCACCAGGAAGUAACAACAACUAAUCGUACUUCCGGCCUGAGGUUUUAUUUUGAGUUACUAGAAAUUACUAUUUUAAAAUUACACUAUUUGUAAUUCUAAAUAAUCGUUUUUUGAAUUUUAUUGAACUGAAUAAAUCACUUAUUAUGAAUUAAUAAAAAAGUACAUAC